AUGGCCCGUAAUUGUUACGGGCGCUGCGCGAUCUUCCUGGCGAUUGCGCUGGUCAUGGACGUGGCCGGGUUGACUUUGCUGCUGGUGGGGGGCGUGGGGAGACCUACUGUAGACGGGCGCCCCUUUAAAGACUUCUUAAUGCUGACCGGGGGGCUCCUGCUCUUCCUCUCGCUGCUCUGCUGGCUGUUCUGGUAUUCGGGAAACCUGAGCGGGGUGCCGCUGGAAGAACUGUCUCUCGGGACGCCCGCGAGUUGUCCCGAACCCCGUCGCCACACCAGCUUCCUGGCAUUGGCAGCCAAGGUUUCCAAGCGCCUCUCCCAGCGCCACCGGCCGGCGCCUGCGCCCUCCCUCUUCUUUGCCCCAGCGAAGACCCCGAAACUUGCAGCCUCCCUCCGCCCCGACGAGCCCCUGGAACUCGGCCGCCACCGCACUGGGGUGCCUGUACAGUCCGGGACCACACAGGAGCGGCUGGUGUAAAAGCAUCGCCUUUGGGACUCGAAAUUGAA